GCUCCGACCACUAAGGUGCAUCUGUUUACAUUCCCUAUAUGUUUUUAAAAUGAAAAAUAUAAUUCUUCUACUUUUAUUACAGUGACCCGCCAAACCCUUGUUCUUUUCUUUAUAUUUUCCAGGUCUGUGUUUUUCCUUUGUUUUGGUAUUAUCUCUCUCUGGGAUGGGCUGGAGGUAAUUCCAGCAAAGUGACUAUUUUCAGAACAUUCUGUUACUUUGCCCUAACUUAAGAAAAUGCCAUAUAUUGCAGCAAGAAAUUAGUAAAGCUAGGCAUGGAGAGGUCAUCGCCACUCCAUGGAGGUCUAUUUCAGUCUCUGUUUUUCCAGGUAGCAUCUGAAUGACUCCAGACAAGCUGCAGCACCUCAUUAAACCUCAGCAACCUUGGAAAGCUGGUGAUUCUGACUUCAGAGUUCCCCUGGGAAGAACACAUGAAAGAAUAGAUGCAAUGUAGCAAGUACAGAGCCUGGCCUGAGCUGGCACUCAGAGUGCUCUGGGUUUGCAGAGUGAAGGAACACAAUGCAAUGCAGCUGACACAGAGACUAGCACACAGAGUUCCCUGAGUUUGUAGCUCCAAGUAUCUGGAUCCCAGGCCUCCUGACUCCAGUUGGCCUCCUCUGUAGGGGUGGUUCAGUUGGAAACAAUUUCCUGGGAGGUACGCGGGUAGCAAACUCAGGGGGCAAUAGCCAUAGGAGAUUAAGGUUCUUCUGGCCUCCAGGGCUGUCUUCUCUCUGCCUCUGAGGAAGAGACUUCCUGUAAGGACUCCAUCUUGUUUGUGUGGCCCUGACCAAAGAGGUUUGGGGCACGUUCUCGCCUUCUUCGGAAGCCGUCCCUGAUCUUCCCCAAACGUCCAGCUCCAGACACCACAGAUUCUCUUCACAAGCAGCUUGUGAGGACAUUGGUGACAAGUCUCAGGCUUCAGGCCACACCAUGGGGCGCAAUAACCAACCUAAAUUCUUAAAAAGAAGAGCAAGAGGCUGGGGUAUUUACCGAAGGAGAUAUAGUAAUUGGUCUGAAGAAGUCAGUUCUGGCAUUCAUCCUUCAUCUCACCAGCAGCAAGAUGGAGAUCCUGAAACAAGUGAUGCUCCUGUGGACACAGCAGUAAGAUAUGCUCCCUAUGCCAUUCCACCCUGUCAUCGGAGAGGCACUUUUCAGAAACAAGGCCAAUCCCACAUUAACAUGAAGAGAGAGCAAAAGCCUCCAGAGAGGAAAAUGGAGGGGAACAAGCAGGAUGAGACCUCAGGGAGCUGGUUCAAGAUCAUGGUUCCAUUUGGCAUAAAAUAUGAUGAGAAGUGGCUGCUCAGUUUGAUUCAGAAGCAAUGCAGUGUCCCCUUCACCCCAGUCGAAUUUCACUAUGAGAAAAUGCAGGCCCAGUUCUUCGUUGAGAAUGCCAACAUUGCCUUUGCAUUGAAGAAUAUCAACGGCAAGAUUUGGGAUAAGAAUAAUGAAAGGGUGUGUGUCAAAGACAUGACCAGGAUAUCUAUCUUUGUCAGCCCCUCUGAUGCACCCUGCUCUGUGCAGAAGGAGCUGAAGUCAGAAAAGCUGACCAUGAACAAACGAUAUGAUGUCUCCCAGCAAUCUCUUGAAGUCCAGAGACUCCACUUUGACCCUGCCUUGGUGACCCUUGGUGUGGAAAUGGUCCCGAAUCCUAGAAAUGACACGGCUGCCUCCCUGCAGAUCCAUGAAGAGAGCAUGCUCAAGCUUUUUCCCUUGAACCUGAGCAACACGAAACCCUGCCAGCUGGCUGGCCUGUCCACCACUAUGCAGAAUGCCUCCAUCAUCAAGAACUUGAACCUCCCCAGCAACGAGGUGAAGGCUGCAGGGAAGUUGGACAAGGGCCAAGGGCUGGAGCCAGAAGAGAUGAGCGCAGACAGAAACUCCCUGUGCACCACCUUCCCAGAUAAGUCAACCAACAUAAGCUCCAUCCUGGAAUUGUUCCCCAAGUUGUUAAGCUUGGAUAGCCAGGAGUCACGCCCACCAACUAACUUUGGUAUUGAAGCCCACAAGAGGCUACCAACCUGCAAGGGAAGCUUCUUUGAAUCUGAUGCGCUGAAGAGUCUGGUUCUGCAAUUCCUGCGGCGAUAUUACCUGAUCUAUGACUCUGGAGACCGACAGGGUCUUCUCGGUGCUUACCUUGACGAGGCCUGUUUCUCCCUGAGCAUCCCUUUCAACCCCGAGGACCCAGCCCCAAGCAGCUUGUGCGAGUACGUCAAGGAUAACAGGAAUAUAAAGAAGCUCAAGGACCCCUACCUGCGGCUUCAGCUGUUGAAGAGUACAAAACAUGACAUCGUGCGCUCUCUCUGUGUGUUGCCCACAACUCAGCAUGACUUCAGCUCCUUCGUGGUGGACCAGUGGCUCCAGACAGAAAGGGUGCUGUGCUUCUCUGUCAACGGGGUGUUCAAGGAAGUGGUAGGAAAGUCUCAGAGUUCUGUUCGUGCCUUCACACGAACCUUCAUCAUUGUCCCUGUCAGCAAUUCCAGUCUGUGCAUCCUGAAUGACCAGCUGUUUGUGAGGGACGCCAACCCCAAGGAGACUCACAGUGGGCUCUUCAUCCCAGUUCCCACACCCGCCUCCAGCUCUGUGCCCACCCUCUCCCAGGAGCAACAGGAAAUGGUGCAGGCUUUCUCCACCCAGUCCGGCAUGAACCUGCAGUGGUCUCAGAAGUGCCUUCAUGAUAGCCACUGGGACUACACCAAAGCCGCACAGGUUCUCGCUCUGCUCAAGGCCCAGUGCAAGAUCCCAGAGGAGGCCCUCACACAGACUGAUCCAGGAUCCUGAGAGCACAGCCCUGACAAGAAGCCCUUGGGUUUUGUCAUCUUCAUCCUCAUCACUUUCGUUGUGUUUUUCCUUUACUAUGAGUAUAUCCCUGGGACUGAGUUGGGAGGUCUACUUAGGGCUGGGAAACCAAUGCUUAACUGUCACUUAUUCACCCAAAGGCCUAGUUGUUCUGUGUAUUUUCCCUCCCCAGGAUCCUUGAUUCCUCUGAUCAUAAAGAAUAAAGUUGCAUGUUGUGUAAA